AGUCCUCCCAUCUCAAGUCUCUCUCUCUCUCUCUCUCUCUCUAACGAGUACGUUACCAUUAUGGAAUACUUGAAUGAAGAUUAUGAAGAGCCCGUGAGUCCUGCAGGACGAUACUUCAACAGCUCGGUGAUAUGUUCGUAUUGUUUUGGGUUUUUAGAAUCAGAAGUUCCAAUUGAUGACUCUCCAACUAUGUAUUUGCUUCAACAUGUGUUCCUCCCUAUUAACCCUCGUUUCUCCUGUAUCAUGGUUAAAGACGAAGAUGGGAAUAUGAUAUGGAAGCGUGUUGAGGUGAGGCCUGAAGAACAUGUGAAGGUGCCAAUAUUUCCUGAGAGUGAUUCAGGAUUGUAUGAUCAGUAUUUUAGUGACUAUGUUUCAAGGAUUCUCACAGAGAAGACGCCAAGCAACAAACCACUAUGGGAAUUUCAUGUGAUUAAGUAUCCAACGAGCAAGGCUUGUGGAACUCUCAUCAUGAAAAUUCAUCAUUCACUUGGAGAUGGCUACUCUCUUGUGGGAGCUCUUCUUUCUUGUCUUCAUAGAGCCGAUGAUCCUUCUAUUCCAUUAUCUUUUCCUUCACGAAAACCAUCUUCAGAACCUGUACAAUCUCACAGAAAGAACUUCUUUCAGAGGCUGAUCUCAGCUAUUUCCUCCUCUUUCAUCUCCAUAUCAGACUUUGGUUGGAGCUUGAUAAAAUCUGGAAUGAUUCCAGAUGACAUUACACCCAUAAGGUCUGGAUUUGAAGGAACUGAGUCUCAGCCUUUUGGCUUAUCAGACAUAUCAUUCCCUCUUGACAGUUUCAAAGAAAUCAAGUCAAGGCUUGGAGUGACAACAAAUGAUGUGAUUGCUGGGAUGAUCUUCUGUGGGAUAAGGCAGUACAUGCAAGAGAUGAAGAGCAAGGCAGGGAAAGCAAAUUCCACAGCAGUGGUGAUGUUCAAUACCAGGGAGGCUGAAGGUUAUAGUUCAGUGAAGGACAUGCUGGAUCCCAAUUCCAAGGGUCGCUGGGGGAAUCAAAUUGCCUUGUUACAAAUUCCAAUUCCUAAGAUGAACCAAGCCAGGAUUUCCAACCCCCUUGAAUUUGUUUGGAAAGCCCACAGAUUGAUUCAGAAGAAGAGGAAAUCCUUCGGUGUUUUUCUCCUUGGAUGGCUCCUAGAUUUGGAGAUGAAAUUAAGAGGGCACGAGGCAGUAGCAAAACGAAUAUACAGCACACUUGAGAAUUCAAGUAUGGUAAUCUCCAGCUUAAACGGGCCUUUGGAACAGAUGGCUCUUGCAAAUCAUCGCGUUAAAGGAUUCUACUUUACAAUGACGGGUGGUCCUGAGAACGUGAACAUUACAAUUAUGAGUUACAUGGGAACACUGAGGUUUACGUUGAGAACGCUGAAGGGUUUCAUAGACGAGCACAAGUUCAAGUGCUGCAUGCAAAAUGCCUUCCAACUCAUUCAUAAAGCAGCCAUGAACACACCCACCACCAAAAACCACUCGUACUCAUCAUCACUCUUUCAGAAGGUUUAAUUAAGACCCAGUGUUUCUUUGACUUUCCUUUUUGUUAGUUUGAUGGAAUAGCAAGAAAAAUCGCCGUUCAUUACUGUAUCAGGAAAAUUAUGGCUCGCCACCAA